AUGAGUCUCAUAACAGACAGUGAGGACAGGGGCCCUGCCUCUAAAAGGAGUCGCCAUGGAGACACAGAGGUGGGGGACACUGUUGACUACAGGACACACUCAACAGGAUCCCCAGUGCCCAGCUGUGUGUCUAUGAAGAGUAAUAACUCUAUGAUAGAACCUGACAACUUCAAUGGAGAGAGAGGGUUCUUUGAUCCAAGUAAGGUCACGCAAAGGCAGUGGAUUCACGAAGAACCCAUAUCUACCAGCUGUGGACACAGUUUCUGCAGACAGUGUAUCAGCACAUACUGGGACCAGUCUGGUCCAUCAGGAGACUAUGUCUGUCCCCAGUGCAGAAAGAGAUCCAGAACAAGUCCUGUUCUACACCAACACAAAGUCUCCAACUCUACAUCAGAUGAUGUUCUGCUGAGAACUAUUGAGGUUCAUAAAACCAUCCUGAAAAACAAGUGUAAAUAUUUAUUUGAAGGAAACAUACUACGAGGAGAUCAAACACUCCUCAACAGAAUUUACACUGAGCUCUACAUCAUAGAGGGAGAGAGUGAAGGAGUGAAUGAAGAACAUGAAGUUUUACAGAUUGAGACAAAAUCCAGGACACAAAGUUCACGAGACAUACCAAUUAACUGCAAUGACAUCUUCAACCCUCUGACCACUCGGGAACCUACAGAGAACAGAAAGGAAACUGAAAUCAGAACUGUGCUCACCAAGGGCAUUGCUGGCAUAGGGAAAACAGUCACUGUGCAGAAGUUCAUUCUGGACUGGGCGGAGGGAACAACCAAUCAAGACGUCGAUUUCAUGUUUGUGCUUCCUUUCCGGGAGUUGAACUUAAUUAAGGAUGAGCGCUACAGUCUCCAUGGACUUCUGUUUGAAUUUCACCCAGAACUGAGAGAUCUGGAUCCAAAAAAAUAUGAUGUUUGUAAAAUGCUGUUCAUCUUUGAUGGCUUAGAUGAGAGUCGACUUCAGUUGGAUUUUUCUCAGAGGUUGUGUGAUGUGACCACACCAUCAUCAGUGAACAUACUGAUAACAAACCUCAUUCAAGGAAAUCUUCUUCCCUCUGCACUCAUCUGGAUAACCUCCAGACCAGCAGCAGCCAGUCAGAUUCCCUCUCAGUUCGUCAGUCGUGUGACAGAAAUAGUAGGAUUUAAUGAUUCACAGAAAGAGGAAUACUUCCGAAAAAGAGUCAGUGAUGAGAGUCAAGCCAGCAGAAUUGUCUCACACAUCAAAUCAUCAAGGAGCCUCCACAUCAUGUGUCACAUCCCAGUGUUCUGUUGGAUUUCAGCCACUGUCCUUCAGGAAAUGCUACGUCAAGACUGUGAGAAAGAGAUCCCUAAAACUCUGACUGAGAUGUACACACACUUCCUGCUCAUUCAGACAAACAUGAAAAACCAGAAAUACGCACAGAAACACGAGAUCAGCCCAAAAAAUCUUCUAGAAUCAAGCAGGGAAAUUUUUCUGAAACUUGCUGAGCUGGCUUUCAAGCAGUUGUUAGGGGGUAAUGUCAUGUUUUAUGAAGAGGAUCUGAGACAAUGUGGCAUUGAUGUGAGUGAUGCCACAGUGUACUCUGGGAUUUGCACAGAGAUCUUUAAGGAGGAAUCUGUGUUUCGUCAGAAGAAGGUCUACUGCUUUGUGCAUCUGAGUGUUCAAGAGUUCUUUGCUGCUCUCUAUGUGUUUUACUGCUAUAUAAGCAAGAACAUGGAGGCACUGAAGUAUUUUCUGAAGAAAAAGACCAGAGCUGUGUCAGAGAAUGUUUCCUUGGACGUGUUGCUUAAGGGAACAGUGGAUAAAGCCCUGGAGAGUAAGAAUGGGCACUUGGAUCUGUUCAUCCGCUUCCUUCAUGGAAUUUCCCUGGAGUCCAAUCAGAAACUUCUACAAGGUCUACUGACACACACAGAGAACAACCCAGAGAGCAUUAAGAGAACGAUCCAAAACCUCAAAGUGAUCAGAAAAAAGAAUGCUAAUCCUGAAAGAUGCAUCAAUCUACUGCACUGCUUGACUGAAAUGAAUGAUAGCUCAGUUCAGGAGGAAAUUCAAGAGUUUCUUAAAUCAAAGAAGUUUACAAAACAGCUCACACAUGCACAGUGUGCAGCACUGGCUUACAUGCUUCAGAUGUCAGAUGAGGUGCUGGAUGAGUUUGACCUGAAAAAAUACAACACAUCAGAUGAGGGUCGUAGGAGACUGGUCCCAGCUGUGAGAAGCUGCAGAAAAGCUCUACUUGCACGGUGUAAACUCACUGAACAGUCCUGUGAAGCUGUAGCCUCAGUUCUACAGUCAGUAAACUGUCCCCUGAGAGAACUGGACCUGAGUAACAAUGAGCUUCAGGAUUCAGGAAUGAAGUUUCUCUAUGAUGGAUUGAGGAAUCCACACUGUAAAGUGGAAAUAUUGAGACUUGCACGUUGUAAACUCACUGAACAGUCCUGUGAAGCUGUAGCCUCAGUUCUACAGUCAGUAAACUGUCCCCUGAGAGAACUGGACCUGAGUAACAACUGCCUUCAGGAUUCAGUUCUUUGUGUUGGAUUGAGGAAUCCACACUGUAAACUGGAGAUACUGAGACUUGCUGGUUGUAAUCUCACUGAACAGUCCUGUGAAGCUGUAGCCUCAGUUCUAAAGUCAGUAAACUGUCCCCUGAGAGAACUGGACCUGAGUAACAAUGAGCUUCUGGAUUCAGGAGUGAAGUUUCUCUGUGUUGGACUGGAGAAUCCACACUGUAAAGUGGAGAUACUGAGGUUGUCUUGCUGUUUAGUGACAGAAGACAGUUGUUCUUCUCUGGCUUCAGCUCUGAGUUCAAACCCUUCACACCUGAGAGAGCUGGAUCUGAGCUACAAUCACCCAGGAGACUCAGGAGUGAAGCUGCUCUCUGACAGAAAGAAGGAUCCACACUGUCGACUAGACACACUCAAGUAAGUAGAACAGGACUCUGUGUGUGU